AUGACGUUCUCCCGCGGUGCCAGCCACGCCUCCUGUCAGGAGAUGAUUCCCGGCCACAUCCGUGCUCAACCCCAGAACCUGCAGCACAACCACGUCACCCUGCGCGCAUCCGCAUCUUCUUACCUGCCUGGACAGUUAGUAUCAGUAACUGUUCGAAGCUCUCGGGACUUCAUGGGUUUCCUGCUCCAGGCUCGCAGUGUGGAGGGUGCUGGGGGCAGGGCUGGGGUUGGGUUCAAGGCCAGAAAGGGAGUUGGAGCUGGGGUCAGGUCUACGAGAGUGGGCCCGGUGCUGGUGGGUGGCUCCUGGACCCUAAUUCCCCCUGGCACACACACUCUGCGCUGCCUCUCGGAGGGCGACACCCUCACACACACUGACAAACAGCCGAAGAGAAACCUCUCGUUUGUGUGGAGGGCUCCUGAUGUACCCAUGGGAGACAUCAGGUUCUACAUCACAGUGGUGCAGUCUUACUUUGUGUACUGGGCAGGUAUUUCGUCCGCAGUGGUGCGUGAUGGGAGUCAUAGUCAUUGGAGUGGGAGUAACAUCACAGGGGUGGAUGAGAGAAAUUCAAUUUCUGCACCACAGGAAGAUGAAGUUGCUGCUCUGCAAGGUAUGCAACUUGUCUCUCAGAACCGUUACAUCAUCAAACAAACAAACAAACGAGACAGCCAGCCCUGCGACAACCCUCAGACCACCUACACCAACAAUCAAUGGAACCGACAGACACACCAAUCUACCACCCCUCACCCAGAACCCUCUCCAGCUCCCCGUCGCUCUCUCUUCAACCCGCUCACAUCCACCGCCUCACCUGUGCCUUCCCAACAACUCACCCUAGGUCAGAGGUUGCAAAUCCAGAGCCACAUUGCAUCAUAUGAUCCUGAGCCCAACCUCAACCCACCAACACCAAGAUCAAUGGUUCACCCAAACCCCAAACCCAAUCCAAACCAUGACCCAGACUUCAAACUAAAUACUGGCCAUGAGUUGAAACCACACCCUCCCAACACGGAUACUAAACCCAAAACCAAACAUCCCUCUGGAAAGCCAGACAGGGAAGGGAAGUAUCCAGACAUAACUCCCAGACACAGUGCCUGGGAGCUGGGCAUGCUCCUGGGCUGUUCAGCUACCUUGGGCAUGGUGCUGGUGAUCGGCAUAAGGUACAUGUACCGUCAGGCCUGUGCCAAACGGACAGAGCUGACACUGAACGACAGGGAGAGAGAGUAUGGGAGGGGAGAGCGAGGGCUGAUCCAUGUCCAGGAGUGUGGAGAUUUGGUCAGAGUCCGGAAAAUCAGAGAGAACAGUUUUGUGCUCCUUGCAGAGUAUGACAUACUGGCACCGCCUGGUGACUGA